AUGGAAGGACAAGAAGGCGACAACGCUGUCGCGGAGCGGAGGCCCAAGAUCCGGCGUUUGUCCCGAAAGAUCCUCCCAGACACUCUCGACACCGAUAGCUGUCCUGAGGUUGACCCAGCGGUGUUCCAGCUUGAGCUUAAGAACAAAGCUCUCCAGAAGCAAAUCCAGGAGCUGGAAAAGAUGCUAGCAAAGGAACGGGCCGAGGGGGAUCUUUUGAGAAGCCAGGUCGCCGACCAAGCGACUCGCUUGGACUUUUGCUUCAGAACGGUGCAAGAGCUAGGCAAGAGUGUUGCAGCCUUUGGCGGUGCCCUUCUGCUGCAUGCUCCACCGGCAGCAGUGCCUUCCUUGGAGUGA